AUGGCAGCUGGUGAUCAUUGUCUCAUCGUCUACCUGGGUAUGAUGGUGGGAGCGUUCCUCUGGGGAGGACUGGCUGACCGAAUGGGAAGAAGACAGUGCCUGAUCAUGUCUCUCUCCGUCAACAGCGUGUUCGCCUUCUUUUCUUCGUUUGUUCAAGGCUAUGGCACUUUCUUGUUCUGCAGACUUUUAUCUGGAGUAGGCAUCGGUGGAUCUAUUCCUAUCGUCUUCUCCUAUUUCUCUGAAUUCCUGGCCCAGGAAAAGCGGGGAGAGCAUCUGAGCUGGCUGUCCAUGUUCUGGAUGAUCGGGGGGAUCUACGCCUCGGCCAUGGCCUGGGCUAUCAUUCCUCAUUAUGGAUGGAGUUUCCAGAUGGGUUCGGCAUAUCAGUUCCACAGUUGGCGGGUGUUUGUCUUGGUUUGUGCAUUUCCUUCUGUGUUCGCCAUCGGAGCUCUGAACAUCAUGCCAGAGAGUCCUCGCUUCUACCUAGAGAAUGGAAAACACGAUGAAGCUUGGAUGGUGCUGAAGCAGGUCCAUGACACCAACAUGCGAGCCAAGGGCCACCCGGAAAGAGUCUUCUCCGUCACUCAGAUAAAGUUCAUUAAACAAGAGGAUGAACUGAUUGAGAUCCAGUCAGACACAGGGACGUGGUACCGGCGCUGGAUGAUCCGGAUACUUAAUUUGUCUCAGCAGGUUUGGUCUAAUUUCCACCAGUGCUUUGCCCCAGAAUACAGACGCAUCACCCUGAUGAUGAUGGCGGUUUGGUUCACCAUGUCUUUCAGCUACUAUGGACUGACGGUUUGGUUCCCAGACAUGAUCAAACAUCUUCAGAACAUUGACUAUGCCUCACGCACCAAAUAUUUCUCCAACGAGAGGGUGAUCAGCUUCAACUUUAACUUUACUCUCGAAAAUCAAGUCCACGAUAACGGAGAAUACCAAAAUGACAAAUUCAUUGGCCUCAAGCUAAAGUCUGUUAUAUUUGAAAAUUCCUUGUUCAAAGACUGUUACUUUGAAGAUAUCACAUCCAGUAACACUUUCUUCAAGAACUGUACUUUCAUCUCCACCAUGUUCUACAACACAGACUUGUUUGACUAUAAGUUCAUCAACAGUCGGAUUAUUAACAGCACGUUCCUGCACAGUAAGGAGGGAUGCCAGCUCGACUUCAGCGACGACAUUAAUAAUGCCUACAUGAUCUACUUUGUGAGUUUCCUGGGGACUUUGGCGGUACUACCGGGCAAUAUUGUCUCCGCACUGCUGAUGGACAAAAUCGGGCGUCUCCGUAUGCUGGCUGGUUCCAGUGUCAUGUCAUGUAUUAGCUGCUUCUUCUUAUUCUUCGGGAACAGUGAAUCGGCCAUGAUUGCUCUACUCUGCCUCUUUGGUGGAGUCAGUAUUGCCUCUUGGAAUGCUCUGGAUGUCCUGACGGUGGAGCUCUACCCCUCAGACAAAAGUGGUAUAGUUGUUGUGGUAGAGUCUACUUGGUGA